AUGUGGACAAUCUCUAGAUCUCUUUACGAAGUUGAGAGAUCAAUGAAAUGGGUUGUCGAAUUGUCCUGGUGGCUGUCACCUGGUGGAGUGGAAAAAUGGUGACUUUAUAGCUCUCUGGUGGUUGUCACCUGACAGAGAAGAGCUAGAUGAAGGUAGGGCACGUGUUAGGGAACUUCAUCCUCAGGUCUGUGUAGUAAGAGGAGCCUCUUCAUCGAAUCUAGUACGCUCUCAAGGGGUGGUGACUCGUCUCCCGGCGGACCGUCCUCUUUCCUACAAUGGCUUGUUCGUUGAUCAAUUAGAGAUGAUUUACUUGAUCGAUUCGUGAUCCUUUUAUCACGAAUCAUUUUGUAAUUUUAGUAACAAUACUCUGCAAAUCAUGUUGAUGAGAUUUUUGCCGAUGAUCUAAUGAUUUUGGUGGCUUAAUACUUCACCGACAAUUAGGAAAGUCAUGAUAAUUAGAUAAAAAUAUGAAUUAGGGCUCUAGGAGGAUUCAAACUUGUGCUGAUUGCUCGCCUAUAUGAGAGAGAUUGAAAUAACUAAUCUAAUGCCCUUAUCAAGUGACAUCAUCAUGAUAUAUCUCUAUUAUAAAUAAGGGGUAUUUUAGGUAUUAAAAUCUUCGAAGCCUUUCGAAGGAAGAUGUGAUGUGGGUUUAGUCUCACAACGCUUGUGCGUCGAAGUUUUGGGUGAAUGUAUAGUAAUAUUAGAUUUGCAAGUAAUGAGUCUCUUUCUCCAGUGUGUAUGAUCACUCCUUGCCUUACAACCAAUUGGCCAUCGAUGAUGUGGAAGGGGAGUGGCGCACAUAUGCCCCCAUUAGUCUUAGCUGCUCGAGCCCUUGCUUGUGGCUCCUCCUUGACUAUGCUUUUGACCCACUUGUGGGCUCAACUGGCUGACGGGUCUGCCCCCGUUUUUCUAUAUUUUUAUUUUUAUUUCUUUUUCUUCAUUUUAUCUGAAAAAUAAGACUAUAAAAAUCAUAUAAAUUCAUAAAAAAUCACAUAAUUAGACAAAAUUCAUGUUAAUCAACUAAAAACUAGUUUCAUACUUUAACACAAAUAUAAGCCUUUUAAUCAUGAGUUAAGGCUAAAACUAUAUUAUUUAUUAAUUAUUAACUCAUGAUAAUGAAGACUUAUUACCUAGUAAUCAGCAACUAACCUUAAUGAACUUUGAGUGGCUUUAAAUAUAAUAAGUCAGCCUAAUACAUGCCAUAUUGAUUCAAUUUAUUGUGGGUAGAUAGAGUAAAAAGUGGUUAAACACACUAAUAUGAGAAAUAUUGAUAAACUAAAUAAUUAUGUAAAAUUUCUUAAAAGGAUUCAUAAUAAUCAAUAAAAAUAACUAAUAGCCAUUUGAUGAUAAAUGAUUGAUGAGAAGAUGGCUAUUAUGAGCAUACCUCAUUGAAAUGACUCAUUCAAGCUCCAAUGUAAUAGUUGAAAAUGUUUCUUUGGAGAGAGGGUUGGUGAGGAUCACAUGAAAUUGUUUAUAAAUUUUAAUAAAGUUAAUAGAAAUAUAUCAUUGAUUAACAUGAUCUCUAUUAAAGUGAUAUUUAAAUUCUUUGUGCUCAAUUCUACAUGAAGGGGCUCUAGGUGAUACUUGUAAUAAAGUUAGAAAGGCAAGCUAUAUGAAAUCUGUCAUGUAAAGAAUUUGGCGAAGUUAAGUUUUACUUAUAUAAAGGAGAAUAUUGAAAAUCAAUAGGGACCAUUGAAUAGUGAACAUGGGCCAAGGAAAGGUUAACAAUUAUAAAUUUCUAUGUUCAACACAUAUGAGAUAUUACUAUGAUAGUCAAAUAAAGUUAUUGUAUCAUCUUAAUAUAUCAAUUCAUCCAACCAAUAUGUGUCUACAUGCAUUAGUUUAUAUUGACUCAACACCUAUUGUGUCACCAUCAAUUUUGAUAUAUAAUCUAAUCAAAAUAGGAACUAACAUUAUCUUCUUUCAAACUAUCAAGAAAUUGGCUGAGGAAAUUCAACUGGCCAAUUUUUUCAUAUUCCUCUUAAAAAGAUAGUUAUGGUCUAUUGAAACUUUGCUUGUUUUUCUUUUGGAUCCAAUGCUUUGUCUAUAAUUUUUUUUGCUUGUCUUGAGAAGGUGCAACCAAUCUAAGACACCUAAAGGAUGCAGGAAGAUGGAAACUUAUGAGCUAUGACUAUGCUGGGUACUAAAGAGUAGAAAAUAUUGCUCUAUGUGAAGAAGAUAUCUAUGUAGUGCAAAUUUCUUGAAUUUUGCUUGAUCUAUGGUUGAUGUAGAGCCAAGCUUGGGGGUGAGCAGUGUGAAAUUUCUGCUUUUCUCAAAACAUCAGUUCAUGAUAGGGAUAAUUAAUUUAUGGAAGAGCAUGUGUAAUUCUAAAAUGGUGAUGAUAGAUAUUAAAAAUUAAUCUCUUAAAAAAAAAGGUGAAUGAUCAACAAAAAAGCGAUUCCCCUUAACAAAUGCACAUAGUAUAGUCUGAAAUGUGGCUUAUCAGCUUAUUUUGACACUCUAGGCAUUAAAGGAAAUCAGAUUAAUUGGUGAAAUAAAAACAACUUUCCCAUUAUCCUUAAUGAUAACAUGCACUCUUAUCAUGCAUUUACACUUAUUUACUAUCAUUUAGUGCAUUAAAUUGAUAUAAAUAAUUUAUGUUACCAUUUAAUUCUUGCAUAUUUUGAUCAUUCAUGCAUAAAUAUAUAUUUUGAUAUUUUGAUAUUAUUUUAAGAUAAAAAAAUUUAAAGAAUUAUGAAUGAAAUAUUUUGAUGUGAGUUCUAGAACUUUCUAGAAUUUAUUCUGGAUUUUUUGAAAAUUUAUGGAAUUUCUUAUAAUUUGUAGGAUUUUAUAGAUAUUUUUAGAUAUUUUAUAGGAAUUAAUAAAGGCAGAAAAUAAAAGAAAAUCGAAACAGGCCAGGGCUGGGCCAAACCAGGUGGGCCAAGCCAAGUGACUUGACGAGCUGGAAUAAUAAGAGGCUGGCCAUAGAAUUGUCAAUGGGUUGGUGACAAAAGUGGAAUUGAUAGGUUAAUAGUGAAAGUAGAAUCGACAGGUUGGCCUGAGACUUACAUGGAUGUGGUGUACGUGGUGCAUGCAAUUUCAAUGGACUAUUGCCGACGUGACAUGAUCUCUGAUGUUCAAUCAAAAUCGAAUAGAGAUCUCCUUUUAAACCCACCCCUAUGCAAACAUACUCUCUUUUCCUAUUUGUUCAAAAACAAAUGAGAAUUAUUGACCGACAACCUUUGUUCCAUUUCAAUGUGUAAUAGUUUGGUACCAUUGGAAAUUUCUUGAAGAGACGAUUCAAUUGAUACAAACUAUUCACAAUUUGGCUAGUUAUUGAGAAUGCAAUCUCUGUUGUUGUGGAAAUACUUAUAAAGUCUUUAAUCAGGCACACAUUUGAUCAUUCUAGUGGUAGUCUAGAUUAGUGUGAGGCUUGCCUAAUAAUUAAGACUAAUCUAGAUAGAUUUAUUUCCAUUCUACUUGUUUCAACCAUCAGAUUUAGAGAAUUUUACCGUUAAUGAUAUAUUUCCUCAUUUUUCCUCUUUCCAACAACCGAUUUUCAAUCAAUUGGUGAUUUUUGUUAUCUUCUUUGAUCUCAUUCUUUAAUCCUUAUAGUUUUCUUCUUACUUCAUCAACCAAUUUUAUUUCAAUGGCACGAAUCGCAUGCUCCUUGUGGAUUGACCUCGAACUUGCUGUCAUAUUUAAUCUUUCAUAGUUUAAUCGGUAAAAUUUGGGUUUAUAAAUAUUUUAAUCGAUUACGUUUGAGGUAUUUCAACAACCCUCAAUCAUGUUUUAUCACUUAACAUACUAUGAAAUAACUUUAUUUUACUUUCCGAUAGAGGAUUAUCUAUGGGUUUUCUUUAAUUUGUACCAAAGCUAUUUCCCCUCUGACUAUUUUUUUCUUUAGUUUGAAAUUUUCUCAGUAAAUCUAGUUGAUUUCUUUCUCGAUUAUUUAUUUGCUGUUCUAUCUCUAUAUAUUUUAAUGAUUGAACGUAUUUAGGACUAUCUCAUUCAGAAAUUAGGAUUCUGCAAAUUUAUUCCUUAGUUCCCUUUUAGAUCUUCCUCACCUUGUUGGUGAAAGGGGGCCAAGUUUUGGAGGGUCUGUUGUAGAGGCCUUCUCCGCUUGAUGAACUUUUACCGGUAUUAGGUGGAAGUCUUGUCAGGUGGGUGGUCGAUCAUUUUCGAAUUCUAUCGAAUCAGACGAGAUGAUGGGACGGGGAAUCCUCGGUUUUCUCGUUCUUCCGGUCACCAUAUGCCUGUGCUGGGGCGGUUUUUUCUUAUGGUGGAGCGCCGGCAACUAGCGCCAUAAGAAAAAGAACUCUGCCUUUCUGUCAUGGUCCACCCAAGAUGAUGGGUGUCUGUGGAAUGAGCUGUCCGGUAUAAUUAAAUGUAUAUAAGAAACAUCUUUCUCAUUAGCCUGACUCAAAAAUAUUUUUAUUUAACUUUCAAUAGAGGACUAGGCUGUUGGUGUAAUUCUAUGGGUUGUCUUUUCUUUAAACUGAAGGUAUUUCUCUGACCAUUUUUUCCCCCAAGUUUGGAAAUUUACCAGUAUAUCUAGUUGCCUCCUUUUUCGAGUGUUUCUUUACUGUUAUGUCUCUCUAUGUUUUAAAUAUUUAUAUAUAAAUAUGUAUGAUAUCUUAUCUUCAUUAAUGACGCCAGAACGCUCAUACAUAAAUUAAGUCAAAAACUUAUUACUUCACGAAAGGUGGGCUAGGAAAGACAAGAAACAGGUCAACUUUUAAACACCACGUGUUCCUAGAUUUUUAAUAAGAUUGUUAUAAAUGGUAAAAAUUUCCCUUCCUAGUGCAUGAAAAUUCUUUCAAGUAACCAGAUGUAUAGGCUUGAUGUACAAUUGACUUUGGUUUACAGCGUCUCAGAUCAAGACCAAGCAGUGAAGCUAUAAUACCGAGUCAAAGCUUCCUAAUAAAGCUUUGAUUUUUCCAUGAUCUCGUGUUAUUUUUUAAUUAAAUAGAAAAAUAUUAUUGUACUGUACAACAUUAAAUAUUAGAUAGGACGAUCUAUAGGCAAGCCUUCUAUUCUCCAAAAUCAAUGUUGCGAAGUACACAAUGCGUGACAUCAAUUCUAUAUUGUUGUCUCAUCUAACGGAAUUUAUUGCGACACGUUGUGGGCCAGCAUUUGGUAUAAUUCAGAUGUUGACAUAAUGGAAACCAGCGGAGAACAAGAUGUCACGCGUCGGAUGUGUGAGGAGCCGGUUGAUUGCUUGGGAUCGCACAAGCUUCUCUGAUUGGAAAUCAAGCCUGCUCGUUAUAUCCUCUGAUAUUUCCCAGGGCGCAAGGAUCACAGGAGGAAGAAGAAGAGUAUGUUCCGAACUACGAUGGCUUCUUCCUUGUCGUUCAAUGCAGGGGGGCUGCCGGUUCUGCCUCUGCCCGGAAGCUACGGUCCGCCGCUGCUCGGCCCGCUCAAGGACCGCCUUGACUAUUUCUGGUUCCAGGGAUCGGAGACCUUUUUCCGGCAACGCGCCGCCACCUACAAGAGCACCGUCUUCCGCACCAACAUGCCCCCCACAUUCCCCUUCCUCACCAAAAAGAUCGACCCCCGCGUGAUUGCCGUUGUCGACUGCGCCGCCUUCCCGGCACUCUUCGACCUUUCCCUGGUAGAAAAGAGGGACGUUCUCAUCGGAGACUUCAUGCCCAGCACAGAUUUCACCGGCGGCAUGCGAGUGAUGGUAUACAUGGACCCCUCCGAGCAAAAGCACAACGCCGGGAAAGCCUUCUGCCUCGAUCUUCUCAAACGGAGAGCUCGCAUUUGGGUGUCGGAGUUCCUCCUCAGCACCGAUGUCAUGCUGACGACGAUUGAGAAGGAAUUGUCCGGGAGCGACACCCGUUGCGCUGGAUUGCUGGUUCCCCUGCAGAAGUGCAUCUUCUCCUUUUUGUGCAAGAGUUUGGCAGGGGCCGACCCGGCGACCUGUCCUGAGAUCGCCGACUGUGGCUUUGCCAUGCUGGACAAGUGGCUCUCUCUGCAGAUCCUUCCCACCACCAGUAUCGGGGUCCUCCAGCCGCUGGAGGAAAUUUUCCUCCACUCAUUUGCCUACCCAUUCGCCCUCGUGAAGGGCAACUACCAGAAGCUCUACGACUUCCUGGAGAAGGAAGGUGGUGAGGUCAUUGGAAUGGCCACCAGCGAGUACAGUCUCACCAAGGAAGGGGCGAUCCACAACCUCCUUUUCAUCCUGGGGUUCAACGCCUUCGGGGGUUUCUCCGUCUUCCUCCCGACAUUAAUCACCACCCUUGGGAGAGACACCACUGGACUCCAGGGCCGCCUCCGCGCCGAGGUCCGCCGGGUGCUGGCCAGAGGGCGCCAGCUUGGGUUCGACACGGUCAAGGAGAUGGAACUUGUUCAGUCCACGGUGCACGAGGUCCUCCGCAUGAACCCGCCAGUCUUCCUACAGUACGGCCGGGCUAGGAAAGACUUCCUCCUGAGCUCCCACGAGGCCUCCUUCCAAGUGAGGACAGGCGAGCUACUCUGUGGCUACCAGAAGCUGGCGAUGAGGGAUCCGAAGGUGUUCGACGAUCCGGAGACCUUCAACCCGGAUAGGUACAUGGGCGAAAAGGGCAGGCGGUUGCUGGACUACCUCUACUGGUCCAACGGUCCGCAGACGGCCACCCCAUCCACGGCUAACAAGCAGUGUGCUGCCAAGGAUUACGUGGUGUUCACCGCCUGCCUCCUGGUGGCGGAGAUCGUCCGCAGGUAUGAUGACUUCCGCUGCGACGGAAGCUCCCUCUCCGUCACCAAGCUGGAAAAGGCGGCUGCGUCGGCGGUGCCAGGCCCCGAGCUAGCGGGGAGCACCCGCAGAUAGAUAGUAGCGAAGGGCACUUCGAUGCAAUUCAACAUUACAAGAGACUCUACGUUUCGUUAUGUUAUGCAGUCAGAGGAAAAUAAGUCUACCGUACCUUUUCGCAACGGGCGUUAUGUUAUGCAGGGAGCUGUACUUUUCGCAACUGACGCGUUUCCAGCUACCCGAUCUCUAUCCAAUUAAUGCAUUCUAUUAUUGAGCAGUAUGGCCAAUGAUAUAGAUCUGUCGGCAGACAUAUCUUAUAAAAUAAUAAAAUGAUUGAUUUUGUGGGUCACCGGCUGGGCCCACUGAUAAGUCCUCAUUAUCAUGAGUUAAUAAUUAGUAAAUAAUAUAGUUUCAGCCUUAACUCAUGAUAAAUAGACUUAUAUUUGUGUUAAAGUAUGAUUUUUGGUUUUCAAUUGAUUAACGUGAAUUUUUGGGUAAUUAUGUGAUUUUAUACGAUUUUUACAGUCUUACUUUUGAGAUAAAUGAAGAACAAGAAAGAAAAAUAAAAAUAUUGCAAAAUGGGGGAAUCCGCCGGCCAGCCGGGCCCGCAAGCGGGUCGGAAGCGCAGUCUGGGAGAUGCCGCGAGCAGGGGCUCGAGUGGCUUAGCAGCUUGGAGCGGGAGGGCACGUGUGGGCCACUGCCGUUCCACGUCACCGAUGGCCAGCCGGCCGUGGGGCAAGGAGUGGUCGUACACGCAAGAGAAGGAAUUUUGAUGGCAACUAAGAUUACUAUAUAUUCGCUCGAAAAAUCGGCGCACAACCGAUGUGGGACUAAACCCGCGUCACACCUUCCUCAGAGGCGGGCGAUCGGCGCGGGUUCGAAUCCUCCCAGAGUCAAAAUUCAAUAUAUUUUUUAUCUGAUUAUCGCGACUUUCCUGCAGAUCGUCGGUGAAGGAUUAAGCAACAAUAAUCGCUGGAUCAUCAGCGAAAAUCUCGUCAACGCGAUUCGCGGAGCAUUGCUACUAAAAUUGCUGAACGAUUCGCGAUAAAAGGAUCGCGAAUCCAUCGAGUAAAUGAUCUCCAAUUGAACGACGAACAAGCCGUCGUCGGGAAGAGGACGAUCCGCCGGGAGACCAGUCGCCACCUCCUGAGAGCGUACCGGAUGCGAUGAAGAGCCUCCUCUUGCUGCGCGGACCUGAGGAUGAAGCUCCCUGACACGCGCCCCACCUCCAUCCAGCUCCUCUCUGUCGGGUGACAGCCGUCGGAGUGCCGCAAAGUCGCCGUUUUUCCGCUCUGCCGGGUGACAGCCACCGGAGACGAUUCGACAACCCACUUCAUUGAUCUCUAGGCUUCGCGAGAAGAUCUAGAGAUUGCCCACGUCGUCUUUGUCCAAGGAGAGCCUUUGAGGCCGUGGACACUGCACGACGAUCCUCCCGAACGCUCAGGAUUCCGGUGCAUCGCCGACGCAUCGCCGUCGCGACGCCGGAACUCUGUUUUCCUGCUUUCAAUUUAAUUUACGCUUCAUUUAGUGAUACUUUGUUGAUUUUAAUUUACCAAACUAUACUUCGUUCAAUUACGAUUCUUCCGGCUUUUACAGAUCUUAAUUUGAUUAAUUGAGUCGUCUGUAAUCGCCUACGUAAGAAUCGCCAGGCGGAACUUUGUUUCCGCCUGAUUCGCGUUCGCCGGGCGCUGACGUCAUCUUGACGUCCGCACCCUUAUUUCCUUUUUUUUCGUGAAUUUUAAAUAUAUUUCUUUUUUAUUUCCUAGUAUAAAAUUCGUAAGAAAAUCGUACUCAUUGAGGAAAAUUCUGAAUAAUUACCAUAUAUUAUAAUACAUCCCUGUGAUCGACCUGGAAAAUUACCCCUAUUUUUGGAAUUUUUAUUGAAUUAUAAUUGAUAUAUUUAUUUAGAAAUACUUCUAAAUAUCCAAAAAUUCGUAUUUUCUAGUUUUAUAAAUUUAAUAUUUGCGUGAUUUAAUAUACAACGACUAAGUCACGUCACCCACCAAAUCAGAGAUCCAUGUACGAGUAACAGUAUUAGUAUAAGACAAAAGGAGAGAGAGAAAAUAAUAAAAUGACAAAGGAAAUAGGUAUGCGACUGACGUGACUCAGUCGUUGUAUGUUAAAUCACGCAAAUCUAAAAUUUAUAAAACUAGAAAGUACGAAUUUUUGGAUAUUUAGAAGUAUUUCUAAAUAAAUAUAUCAAUUAUAAUUCAAUAAAAAUUCCAAAAAUAGAGGUAAUUUUCCAGGUCGAUCACAGGGAUGUAUUAUAAUAUAUGGUAAUUAUUCAGAAUUUUUCUCAAUGAGUACGAUUUUCUUACGAAUUUUAUACUAGGAAAUAAAAAAUAAAUAUAUUUAAAAUUCACGAAAAAAAAGGAAAUAAGGGUGCGGACGUCAAGAUGACGUCAGCACCCGGCGAACGCGAAUCAGGCGGAAACAAAGUUCCGCCCGGUGAUUCUUACGUAGGCGAUUACAGACGACUCAAUUAAUCAAAUUAAGAUCUGUAAAAGCCAGAAGAAUCGUAAUUGAACGAAGUAUAGUUUGGUAAAUUAAAAUCAACAAAGUAUCACUAAAUGAAGCGUAAAUUAAAUUGAAAGCAGGAAAACAGAGUUCCGGCGUCGCGACGGUGAUGCGUCGGCGAUGCACCGGAAUCCUGAGCGUUCGGGAGGAUCGUCGUGCAGUGUCCACGACCUCAAAGGCUUUCCUUGGACAAAGACGACGUGGGCAAUCUCUAGAUCUUCUCGCGAAGCCUAGAGAUCAAUGAAGUGGGUUGUCGAAUCGUCUCCGGUGGCUGUCACCCGGCAGAGCGGAAAAACGGCGACUUUGCGGCACUCCGACGGCUGUCACCCGACAGAGAGGAGCUGGAUGGAGGUGGGGCGCGUGUCAGGGAGCUUCAUCCUCAGGUCCGCGCAGCAAGAGGAGGCUCUUCAUCGCAUCCGGUACGCUCUCAGGAGGUGGCGACUGGUCUCCCGGCGGAUCGUCCUCUUCCCGACGACGGCUUGUUCGUUGUUCAAUUGGAGAUCAUUUACUCGAUGGAUUCGCGAUCCUUUUAUCGCGAAUCGUUCAGCAAUUUUAGUAGCAAUGCUCCGCGAAUCGCGUUGACGAGAUUUUCGCCGAUGAUCCAGCGAUUAUCGUUGCUUAAUCCUUCACCGACGAUCUGCAGGAAAGUCGCGAUAAUCAGAUAAAAAUAUAUUGAAUUUUGACUCUGGGAGGAUUCGAACCCGCGCCGAUCGCCCGCCUCUUCUGAGGAAGGUGUGACGGGGGUUUAGUCCCACAUUGGUUGUACGCCGAGUUUUUGGGCGAAUAUAUAGUAAUGUUAGCUUUGUGAGCAAAGUCCCUUCUCUCGCGUGUACGACCAGUCCUUGCCCCACAGCCGGCUGACCACCGGUGACGUGGAAGGGGAGUGGCGUACGCGUGCUAGACGGUCCCAAGUCAAGCCGCUCGAGCCCCCCUGCUUGUGGCUUACUCUCCGACUGCGCUUCCGACCCGCUUGCGGGCACGGCUGGCCGGCGGGUCCUCUCAUUUUUGCAAUAUUUUUAUUUUUAUUUCUUGUUCUUCAUUUAUCUCAAAAGUAAGACUGUAAAAAUCGUAUAAAAUCACAUAAUUACCCAAAAAUUGACGUUAAUCAAUUGAAAACCAAAAAUCAUUCUUUAACACAAAUAUAAGUCUAUUUAUCAUGAGUUAAGGCUAAAACUAUAUUAUUUACUAAUUAUUAACUCAUGAUAAUGAAGACUUAUCAGGUGACAACCGUCGGAGUGCCGCAAAGUCGCUGUUUUUCCACUCUGCCCGGUGACAGCCACUAGAGACGAUUCAACAACCCACUUCAUUGAUCUCUAGACUUUGCGAGAAGAUCUAGAGAUUGCCCACAUCAUCUUUGUCCAAAGAGAGCCUUCGAGGCCAUGA